AUGGUUGAGCCAACAGAUCCCGUCGCCGGCGCAUCUACCGAAGUUGAGGGGCCUACCUUACAUAGUUCAUGUGGUAGUAGGAAAAAGGACAAACAAACGGCGAGUCAUGCUCCAUCUAAAAAGCGAGGUCGUUAUGUCUCUCGUGCCUGUCUAUCUUGCCAAAAACGAAAAGUCAAGCUGUUCCUAGUGUUCCGGUCAACAUCCAUGUCAGCAAUGCCACCACAGCAACUCACCCUAAAGCGUGAAAGGGGAAUUACCUAUGAAGUGCAGAGCGAAGCGCAGAUAACUACGUCCCGAGGUCUGGUCGCAGAUUCAAAACCGGACACAAAUCUUUCGCCUUCCGAAUUGCGAACUAACCAUCAAAAUGAGUGGGAGGUAGAUAUGGUUGCAAGACUCGCCUCUUUGGAGAAAAAGCUCGACGACAUACAACCCAAUCACUCCCUUUUGAUUCAAAGUGAACAACAUUAUCGCACUAGUUGCACACCUCGACCAUCAAUGGUGCACCUGGAUGCAUUCGCUGACAUAUGCUCCUAUUACAGGAUUGAGGACGCUAACGAGGCUGAAUAUGCAGAAUCAACUUUCCGUAGUGGAACUGAUCUGCUAACCCCAAUCUCAGUACUAAGUAGUAACUCCGGCGUUGACAAAAAACCAGAGAUCGUACCAAUCACUUCAACGCCAGAACCACACAACAAAAGCCUGGUUGAUAAUUCCAGUUACCCACACAAUUGCAAGGAUAUUUUCUGCCUAUGCAAUGAGAGAUGCGGUAUGAGAGAGGCUGGAACCGAACGACCCCUGUACAGAAAACGGAUCACUGACAUUCAAGAAGACCCCUGUCUCGAUGAAGCUUCCUUUCUAGCAGAUUUAGAAGAUUAUUUGGCCGAAGACGGAACAAGUCUAAUGUCCACUAGGUCCAUUGGGUUCGUAGCCCUCGUUCAUCUCGUUGUAGCGGUGGCCAAAGUCCUUGGCGAGAACUGGACCGCCUCAACCAGCGUUCCAGGGUGGGACAACUUUAUUAAAGCUGAGAAACUUCUACACUCUUCUAUGUGGUCUGGCCGGGCAGAUCUUCUGACUAUCCAAUCACUCGUGGUUAAGACACUUUUUCUAAUUUUCAGCGACCAUACCACCAUGGCAUCCACAGCAAUUAGUCUUGCGAUUCGCUUAGGAUACCGGCUUAGCAUUUAUGACCAGAAAGCAUGGAAGACGGAGGAUACAGCCAAAGUGGUCUUGCGCCAACGUAUUUUUUGGUGUCUAUUCUGUUUGGAUCGGCAUGUGGCUUUGGUCAGCGGGAUGCCGUACCUCAUUCACGAGUCCGAUUUCCGAGUUGACCAUCCCCUGGACAUGGGGGAUGAUGAUAAUUUAGUGGAAAAGGCACAAUACUAUUCAUCAUCCCUGUAUUUCCGCUCGACUAUUAGGUGGGCCAAGCUUUGUGCAGAGAUAUGGGAUAGUGUAUUCGCAAUUAAUGCGCCAAAUCCUGCAGAUCCGGAAUUUCUUGCCGCGAUCGAUGCUCGGAUUGUGUUGUUGAUAUAUGAUCUUCCAAACCAAUUGAAGUGGAACUUGGAAACUCUGUCAUUGACUGAUAUGGAGAGACUCCCACUGCAUGUGUAUCGUCAGUGCAUGAUAAUAAAUUUGGUGAGAGAUUUUGGUGAAAAGUUGCAGGAUUUCGCUCAUUACCAUGUGCAGCGUUCAAACCACCUCCGUCUGCUCCUGAGACGUCAGGAGAUGAUAAGCUUGAAUUAUCACGACAGAACUGCAAUAUCAUGCACAGAAAUUGCUGCGUCUUCAAUCAAUGCAAUUCAUUUCUUUCACACGUCCCAACUGUAUCAGAACACAGACCGCUAUUCAUCAGUCGUCUUCCUGGCUAGUGCCAUUAUCCCCCUUGUUAGUAUUAUCAUCAAGGAAAGUAAAACCUCUGCGCUACGAGAGACCGCAGGUAACUCAUUUCGAAAGGCACUUGGUGUCCUCAAAGAUAUCUCCCAUACCCUAGCAUUCGCGCAUAGAGUGUUGCAGCGCCUGAGUCAUCUCAUUGACCUAGCAAACGGUAACAUUACUAUCUCGUCGCUGAUAUAUUCGGACCAGGUGCCAGGGAAUGAACGUCAACUUGAAGAUAGCUUUCAGUCGACAUUACAUGACACCCGUAUUUUCCCAGAAGAUUUAUUGGGGGCUGAUAUUUAUCAGAAUGCUCAUCAGAGCGGAAAAAUGGAUUUGGAUGAUCUCCCGCGAUUGGAUUGUGUUUUCCUAGAUUGGGACUACAACAUGAAUACGUUUAAUCGCUUUCAGUGA